AUGGAAUUGCGGCACAAUUUUGCGACGGUGCUGCUGAUGCUGCUGCUCGCAGGUAGCGAUCGGUGGUCGCCCGUGAGCAGCGAAGGGUUCAAAGCAGACGUGCCGACUCACCUGGAGAAGGUGCUAGUUAACGAAACGGCUCAAAUUAAGUGCGACGUUUCUUCUAACCUCACAAACGACCGAAUUCUACUAGUGGUGUGGUACAAGGAUAAUGUACCGAUCUACAGCUUCGACACACGUGGACCGCACGUGAACUCACCCUCCCAUUGGAAGGAUGUCGCCAUCCUGGAAGAUCGUGCCAACUUCAAGACGACACGGGAGCAAAGCCGAGCGGUGCUGGUCAUCAGCCCAGUACAGAAAAAGGACGCCGGAAACUUUCGAUGUCGCGUAGACUUUUUGCUAUCACCUACUAAAAAUAGUAAUGUAAAUCUAGAAAUCGUGGUACCACCCGACGUACCGAAGAUCCAUAAUGAAGCUGGGGUCGUGCUUCCAUCCCACGCCGGACCCUACGAGGAGGGCGGCGAUCUGGUGCUGAUAUGCGUCGUCACUGGAGGAAUUCCAACGCCAAAGAUUACCUGGUCCAGCAACGGCAAAACGCUACCGAGCGCGAUGAUCGAUUACGCGCACGAGUCCACGCUCAGCAGCCGGCUCGUGGUGCGGAAUUUAUCCCGUGCUCAUCAGCACAACGUCUACAGCUGUCAGGCGAGCAACUUCUACCGUAGGAACGUAACCGCCAACGUCACGAUCGAGCUGCGGCUACGUCCCCUGGCAGUGGAAAUCAUCAACGGUAGCAGCCCACUUUCGGCCGACCGGCGCUACAUCGUGCAGUGUCAGUCGGUGGGGUCGCGACCUCCCGCCAAGAUCACCUGGUGGAUGGGUGGCGUGCAGCUGACGGCAACCAACCAAACGACAUCCGAGGACGGUAACAGCACGCUGGCGUCGCUCAGCUUCACGCCAACCCGCGAGGACCACGGAAAAACGCUGAUCUGCCGCGCCACCAACGAGCUGGUGAAACGGGGGACCAAAGAGACUUCGAUGAAAUUAAACGUCUUCUAUCUGCCCACCCUGAAGCUCGAGCUCGGCAUCAACAUGAACCCGGAGGACAUCGAGGAGGGCGACGACGUGUACUUUGAAUGUAAAGUGAAUGCAAAUCCGUCUGCAUACAAAGUGAUCUGGAAGCAUAAUGAACAAGUCGUUCAGCACAACUCCAAGUCGGGCGUCAUCAUGAGCAGCACAGCGCUGGCACUGCAAACGGUGACACGUCACCAGGCCGGUAACUACACCUGCAUCGCGUCGAACGUCGAGGGAGACGGCGAAAGCAACACGGUCGACCUGAAAGUGAUGUAUAAACCCAUCUGCCGGCCGGAUCAGAAGAAAAUCUACGGAGUCGCGCGGAACGAAGCGGCCGAGAUCCUGUGCCAGGUUGACGCCUAUCCCCCACCGGAGUCGUUCAAGUGGUCCUUCAACAACACCGCCGAAACGAUCGAUAUGCCGCAGAGUGGAUACCGCGUCCACGCCGAGCAGGCUUCGUCACUGACCUACACCCCGGUGAAGGAGCUCGACUACGGUACGAUCAUGUGCUGGGCGGACAACGUGGUCGGUCAGCAGAAGGAACCGUGCGUGUUUCAUCUGAUUGCAGCCGGGAAACCCGAGAUGCCGUACAACUGCUCCCUCGUCAACCAGACAUCGGAAUCGCUCGAGGUGGACUGCGCCGAAGGAUUCGAUGGAGGCCAGCGGCAGUGGUUCGUGAUGGAGAUCUACGACCAGCAAACGCACGCCCUGCUUGCCAACGUGUCCUCCAAGCUGCCGAUCUUCACCGUGAACGGGCUGGAUGCCGGGCUGCUGCUGAAGAUCGUCAUCUACGCGACGAACAUGCGCGGUCGCAGCGAACCCAUCCUGCUCCAGGCGUACACCCUGAAAGCGGCCGAAAAGCAGACAGGUACACACGCUGAGUUCGAGCUCACGCCGAUCGUAUCGAUCGGGAUAUUUAUCGGCAUUUUGACGGUGAUUAUCUGCAUAAUCAUCGCGGUCGCGGCCGCCUUCAAGCUUCGGUCGACGCAGGCCAAGCAGCACACCAGCACCGGUGGUAAGCGGCCCGGUAAUCUGCCAAUUAAGGAGAAAAUCUCAUUACCGCUCAGCCAGUCGGAAGACAUGUACGACGAGAAGAACCCGGACGUCGUACCAUCGAACGAGGAUCCCGAUUACAAAUUAAUAUCAGCAAAUCAGACUCCCACGGCGCUGCAUAAUUCAUUAUGCAACAGCAAACAUGACAUUAUCGGCAGGACGAUACUAGACGAUAGCCGGAAAACGUACCUAACCGGGCCAGCUAAUGAAGUGCAUUACGCGGAGCUAGCCCUAGCGAUACCGCACGACGACAGUAGCAGCAAGAACCAUCUCAACAACCAUCUCAACAAGCUGCCACCGCCGCCGGCCUACAACUACUUCGACGAGCCGACGAUCUACGCCCAGAUAGACCACGGGGGUAGCCUCAAGACGGUGGGUCCCCCGUCCGGGUCCGGAGGAUCGCUUGUCGGAGGUCCUUCCGCACCCACCGGACCCUAUCCGGGGGUGUCGCCCGCCUCACAACACCAUCCUCACCCACACCAUCAACAUCACCACCCACUCACGUUGCAGCUGCAGCAGGACGCGACGCAACCGGCGGGUGGAGCGUCCGCUCUACAUCACGCCCCCCACACGCCCCAUACGCCCACAACCGCCUCGCUGCUGCAGCUCUCCCAACCGCUGGCUCACUCGCCGGCUCACCCCAGUCUACCCCACUCGCCCUCGCUUCCACCCGGUUCCACCAAUGGCGGGGGCAAACAGUAUUUGCGCGAGAUCGUCACCGUGCGGACGCCGCUCGCCUUCUCGCAGCAGGAAAGCUGCGUCUAG